CACCGACAACUUUCCUGUACUUAAGCAAAUGCGGUAUACGAUAGCAAUCAUUGGUGGAAAGACAAUUCUCUAGGGCAGUUGAGACCACAAAUCCGGUGACUGAACAGGAGCACACUGAAUAGGAACAGAACAAUUUAGAGGCAUAUUCACCGAAAUACUUGGUAAAUUGCUUGGUGUGGGAAUUUGGAACAGUUAUGAAAUUGGAAAACGUAACAACUUGUUAAGUUAAUAAACUAGGACGGUUGACAAUGAUGGACACUAUCGGAUCUUGCAAGGUGGAGAAGCCGUUCGUGGAUCAGAUAGACAGGCUGUCCCAGCCGUACACAUGCGGAGGACGUGAAGGCAUCGUGGAGAAGGAGGCCCAGGAGGACACCUGUCUACCUUCCACGACUACCAGCACCACAGAGACGGACGGGGCGAAGAGUGGGAAGAAGGCCGGGGCGGGCAUCAGGCGACAAGAGAAACCCCCCUACUCUUACAUCGCACUCAUCGCCAUGGCGAUACAAGCGACGCCGAGGAAAAUGUGCACUCUGAAUGAAAUAUACCAGUUUUUACAAACACGGUUUCCUUUCUUCAGAGGAACAUAUCAAGGUUGGAAAAACUCGGUGCGUCACAACUUGUCCCUGAACGAGUGCUUCAUCAAGCUACCCAAGGGAUUCGGCCGGCCAGGUAAGGGCCACUACUGGACCAUCGACCCCGCCGCUGAGUUUAUGUUCGAGGAGGGCUCCUUCCGAAGACGACCACGGGGAUUCCGGAGAAAGUGCCAAGCUCUGCGACCCUUCGGGAUGAUGAACGGCAUGGGCAUGACAGGAGCCUCGUCCAUGCUCGGUACGCACUAUGAUAUUCUUCACUCCCAAAACAAUGCGAUGAACACGAUGAACAUGGCUUGCGCGGUCAACACGUCGCAGUCCUUCGACACAUCGGCCAUGCUGUCGCCUGUCACGAUGGGCUCUGCUCUUCAGCACUCGCCCAACCUGAUGCAGGUGCCGUCACAGCAGCACGCCUCAGGCUCUCAACUCAGUUGUAGCUUUGGCACAAGGUACCCGUCCAGCUGUUCCAUGGCUUCCAUGAACAAUGACUUUUCGCACCUGGCCUCGUACCCUGCUUUACCUGUAAGUGUGUAUGAGCGUGACCACAUACAGAACUCUUGGCAGGGACAGCGACACCUGGCGGCAGGGACGGGUCUCGGUUCAGUGACCGGCGAGCAGUGUCAUUACACACCGUCACUACCCAACAAAACAGAACCCGUGGAUCUAGCUUCAGCAGGUUUACGUUCGGUGGCGGACUCUGUCCAGGCACCCCCGGGGACCUAUGAGGGUAAAGCGUACAUCCACUACGGUGCAGAGGGGAUGAAUGGGCCAGUCUGGCACACCAACUACUCGCCACAGUAUUCCCGGAACGGAUGACUAUAUCCCCGGGGUACAAGCCCAGACAAACUACACUCGACUUUAUCAUAGACAGUAUAAUACCAGUUCCAUGGAAGGACAAUAAAUAUUCGUGGUUGGUUGAUGAUAUGUAUAUGGCCGACUGCAUCGAGACAGUGUAACUGAGAGACUGAUCGACCAGUGAGUUUCGCCAGUAAGGAUAUUUAAGCAAUUUUACUGAUGUUUCUAUAGUUUACAUAUUAAUGUAAUCAUGUAUAAAUAAUGUUCCACUGGGCAUGUUGAUACCAAUUUGUCAGUUUUGUCUCUUCCGCACCUUCGGUGUAUACAAAGUAUAGUUAAGAUGUAGAUGGGAUAUGGUGCACAAGAUACCGUACCCUCCGAACCAGGACUGUCUACCACUUCAUCGCAGAAUCCUGUAAAAUGUCAAUUUUCUCGGCUAAUGGAUAAGCUUAAUUUGGUUUGGCAACCUGUAUUUGAACACGUUUGUGUCGAUGCGUUUAAGCUUACAAUCCAAUCCAAGCUUGCAUCAUGUACAUUUCUAUAUAGGAAGACCAACGCUGGCCGAACCUCGUAUAUAUGUGACCCCCUGAAACACAACAAACCCAUAGCCAAUGAGGCUUUAAAUCAGAUUUUGUAUAGGCGCGGUGGUUUCGCCCCGACUCAGUUUUCUCCACACAGAGGCAUCAAGUUCUUUUAUAGGUUUGGUAGUGCCGUGCCCAGUUUAUUCCGCCCAACAACUUUACCACCGACCUAUUAGGGAAAUAUGCUAUGUUCUCAAGUACAAUAUAGUGUAUGUCCUGAGUGACUUUGCGGGAAUUUAUUGUGGGAUUUCCAUAUAACUCAUCAUCCAUUAGUCGUACUGUCCGUCGUAUAAAAAGAACUGUCCAUUGUCACUUUCUGAAUACCUGUAAAUCGUACUGUGUUUGCUGUAUGCUCAGAAGUAUCGACCAUACCAGAAGGUUAUUUAAUUAUAGCUAACUAUAUCCGGAUAAAUAUAUUCAUUAAGCUACAAAGUGUGACGAAAAUUAGCGGUGGCCUGUUGGAAUUCUGACCAUAUAAUCUAUUCCUGUCCGAUUCAACUGUGUCUUGAAUUUUAUAUACGGAUGACCGAUUGGAGUUUAUUGCGUUGAUUUCAUACCCUGACGAUUUGACACACAGUCAAAUGUAAAGUUGUAUAUCUAAAUAAUCCGAAUAUUUUAAUGAUGUGUUUUUAUAUAUUAAAAUAUCGAAUGCAACCCAUGUGUAUAU